ACUCGAUCUCUCACCACCACUACCGCACCGCACUGCAGUGCAGUGCUGAUAUAUACUGUACUGUUUUGCUUUGACCUCAUUCAUUGCGAGUACACAUGUACAGUGAGUGCUAGUGUCAACUGCUACCUACUGAUGGAGGCGUUAUUGCAAAUUGUAUUUUAAUACGUUUAAUAGGUCUACUAGUGUUCAGCAUGGCAGCGGAAAAGGGUAGAACGAAGAGAGUGGUCGUUGUCGGCGCUGGCGUUAUAGGGCUUUCGUCGGCUGUCAAUAUCAUUGAAACUAUCCCAAAUGUUGAGGUUACAUUGAUAGCAGAACAUUUUGAGGAGCAUAUGGCAUCAAGCGUAUCUGGUGGCUUGUGGAAUCCCCGGGAAGUCCCCCUCAACGGCACACCCAUGCAUGUUCUUCGGAAAUGGGGCAAGGAAACUUGGGAUCAUAGCAUUCCUUUGGCAUUGAGUUCGGAAGCAUCCAAAAUUGGAAUAGAGUUCAUCCCCGGUUACCGUUUGUAUCCAGAGAUGAUCAAAGAAGAAGAGGAGCCAUGGUGGAAGGAUGAUGUUAUAGGAUACAGAAGAGUUCCUCAAAAAGAAAUCAAACAACUCUUUGCUUCGACAUUCAAGGAUGGAUAUUUCUACAUGACAAUGAUAACCAAUUGCCCGAUCUAUCUCCCUUAUCUCAUGAAACGCUUUCUACAAAAGGGUGGAAAAGCCAUUCAGAGGAAGGUCGACAGUUUUGGAGAGUUUGCAGGUGUGUAUGAUGUAGUAGUUAACUGCACAGGAUUAGGAGCAAAGUUUCUGGCACAAGACGAUGCCCUGGAGCCUCUGAGGGGUCAAAUUAUACGGGUUCGAGCCCCGAUGCAGCAUUUCUUUAUCCUGUACUCUCUCAAGGCCGGGAUGAAAGGAUUGGGCAAUAGAUCAUUCUAUGUGUUUCCAAGGAAUGGACAAGUGGUCCUAGGUGGAACAUAUCAGCAUGGAAGAUGGGAUACCAAACCAAGCCAGGAGGAUGCUAAAUACAUCUUAGAUAAGGCAUCACAAGUACUACCAAAUCUGAAGGGAAGUGAGGUUGUAAAACAUUUGGUCGGACUGAGACCAUGCCGUUCCAAAGGAGUCCGACUAGAGGCUGAAACUAUGAACUUUGGUGCAUUGAAAAUAGAGGUUGUUCAUAACUAUGGCCACGAAGGCAAUGGAGUGACUCUACACUGGGGAUGCGCCAAGGAAACCACUCGACUCGUCCAGCAGAUACUCGAAAAAUCAUCCACGUUGCAAGCAAGAUUGUAAACAUCCUUAGCCAGGGUGAUGCAGGAAAUAUUGGCAAUCAAUUGCAAAUUUCUCUUGCAACUUUACAAUUGAUAUCAAUCAUUUUUUACUUAGAAGAUGUAAAUGAUAUUUUUGCACAAAGUGGUUGAAAAAAAUACUUAAACUGUGGUAUAUGAUUGACUCUGAGUCUAAUGCAAACUCUACUCUGUUUUAAAUCUGUGUUAAAGGUAAAUGCCAGUUGUGGUAACGAUCUCAAAAUGACUUUUUACAGAAUCCAAUAUAAUGACCACCAAAGUGUCUGUUUGUAUGAAUAAAAAAUAUGUGCCAAAGGACUUUCUUGAAAAAAUUGUGUAAUUGCUGAGAAAUAAGCAAAAUAAGCGCGGAUUCGGGCACUUCCGUCGGGUCUUUAUUCCAGCAAUAAUAAUAUACUGUCCCACGUGUGCCUAUCUGUGUUGGCGAUCUUCAGUGUGAUCGUUUUUCAGCUUAGAUUAUAUGAUUUCACAGAGUAACUGUACCAGAUCUAGAUCCACGAUGAUAUAGUAAUACUUAACCUUGGUUUUACAGACUUUCUCACAAAAUCAGUGUUUACUGCAACUACUAUCAUUUAGCUUUAAGAACCCUUCCAUUAUAUUUCAUGUACAUAAAGCCAAAGUCACGUUUGUUUACCUCAGUUCCUGUUCAUCAUUUCUUUUAUUUUUAUUUGAUUGAUAAUGAACUCUUUGUGUGUGAUAUUUUGGAUCUGUAUCGUUACUCUGAUUGUAUUUUGUUUAUUUUGUGAACAAAAAAGCAAUAUAUUUAAUUCUCAUUCUUAAAAGUGCACAAAGAAUUUGCAAUGAAAUAAAGGUCAUGAUUUUCUUGUCAUAUUAUUAUUAUCAUUAAAAUCAACCUGAAUUACCCCAUUAUAGAAUAAAAAUGACUUAUCUUUCAUACUAAUAUGGCUGAUGAUGAUAUUGAAAUGUAUGUGUAAUGAAUGGCCGUAUGCAGGGGGGGGGGACAAGAUGCAAGAAAUUUUCGAAAAAAACCCCAAGGGAGGGGAGCGAAUUGACUGGGUUUGUCAUGGGGACGCUUUUGUAUUUUCUAAAUUGAAAUAGAAGGAUUUGUGCAUGCUUUGGUAAAAUUUGUGGAAAUUUAAGUAAAAAAACAAGUUUCAACAUUUCUAGGGGGGGAAUUGCUCCCCUCCCCCCCCCCCCCCCCCCCCGCGUUGCAUACGGCCAUCAUGUAAUCUCACUUGGAAACAUUGAGAUUUUUAUGAAUUUAUCUUCUUAUAGAUUGUUAUUAGUGUUAGUACCAUUUUAGUGUUUUGUAUAUAUCAUUUACUUAUUUUCAUAUAAACUUUUACUGCCUUGUCCGAUGUUUUUCGCCGGUUGUAGGUUAUUUCUUACUUGCAUGUAUUAAAAAGUGUGAAUGAAGAAUAUGUGUAUGAUUGAACUGAUAUUCAUAAACUAUGUUGUUCCCAGCUUAAAAAUGGGAUGUUUCAUCAGCCUACAAUUGUUUUUAAUAUCUGUUUAUCUUUGGCUGGUCCAGGAUUUUAAAAUAAGGGAAAGAGAAAAUUUGAAAAUGAAAGGGAUGCAGAUGACAAUUUUCUCAUAUUGUCUCACCUGCAUAGCAGAGCAAGACUAUAGGCGCAGCUUUUGUGUUGGCGGCGGUGGUAUCGUCAACAUUGAAAUCUUAACCUAAGGUUAAGAUUUUUGAAAUGGCAUCAUAACUUAGAAAGUGUAUAGACCUGGUUCGUGAAACUUGGAUAUAAGUGUAAUCAAGUAUUGCUGAACAUCCUGUGUGAGUUUCAGGUCACAUGACUGAGGUAAAAGCUAAAAGGUCACUUAUGGUCAAUGGACUUAGACCACGUUGGGGAAAUCAACAUUGAGAUUUUUUUUGUGAUGUCAUAAGUUUAGAAGGAUAUGGAUCUAGUUCAUGAAACUUGGACAUAAGGCUAAUGGUGUUUCACUGAAUAUCCUGCCCAAGUUUCAAAUCACAUGACCAAGGUUGAAGGUCAUUCAGGGUCAAUAAACUUUGGCCAUGUUGGGGUAUUUCUUGAAUUGCCAUCAUAACUUUAAUUUAUGGAUCUAGUUCAUGAAACUUGGAUGUAAGAGUAAUCAAGUACUACUGAAAAUCCUGUGCAAGUUUCAUGUCACAUGACCAAAGUUAAUAAUUUAGGGUCAAUGAACUCACAAUAUGUGAAUAUAUUAUUUUGAUAAAUAUUAUUGAAUAGUUGAGAUUUUUGUCCACAAAACAACUCAGUACUGGAUUUGCUUUGUUACAAUGUGUGAGAAAUUGAGAUUGACAAAUAUUACAAUGAUAUAUUUGAUACUCUACAAUAUGCAAAAACUGUAUGGCAUAUAAGACUUAUAUGGUGUUGUAUAAUUCAUAUGGAUAGAAAUAUAUAAAAAGCAAUAAUAAUCAAAUUA